UUAAGCUCACUCUCUCACUCACUCGGAGAAACACAACAACUCAGUCCACCACGCCUUCCCCAAAUAUCAUCCCUAUUAGUAAUCCACCUCUAUCCACCUCUCUCUCUACGUACGCACACAAUUGAAAUACAGAGAGGGAGAAAGACGAAGCCAAUAUUUAGCAACUGAAGCGCUCUACUGCUGGUCAACUGCGAUGGCGAGUGUGAUAGAGGCGACGUUUCCGUUUAGAAUCUUAGACGAGGCCAACUCUAAAUCUUCUCCGUCGUCAUCUUCUGAUUCGAAACCAGCCGACGCCGUUAUUUUCUUUGGAUUAAGCUUGGUGCUUGGGAUCGCCUGCAGGCACGUCUUGCGUGGCACAAAAGUCCCGUACACCGUCGCUCUUCUCGUCGGCGGAGUCACCAUUGGUGCUAUUGAAUAUGGUACAAAUCAUCGACUGGGAAAGAUUGGGAAUGGCAUUCGUCUAUGGGCAAAUAUUGAUCCUGACCUCCUUUUGGCUGUUUUUCUUCCUGCCCUUCUUUUCGAGAGUUCAUUUUCUAUGGAAGUCCACCAAAUAAAGAGAUGUAUGCCACAAAUGCUUCUACUUGCUGGGCCUGGAGUUAUUAUUUCAACAUUUUGUCUUGGAUCUGCUUUAAAGCUCAUCUUUCCCUAUAACUGGGACUGGAAAACAUCACUUUUGCUUGGGGGACUACUAAGUGCUACUGAUCCUGUGGCUGUUGUUGCUAUGUUGAAAGAGCUUGGUGCAAGCAAAAAGCUAAGUACAAUAAUUGAAGGAGAAUCCUUGAUGAAUGAUGGGACAGCAAUUGUGGUCUAUCAGCUAUUCUUUAGAAUGGUCCUUGGAGAGAACUUUAACUGGGGUGCUGUACUCAAGUUUCUGACACAAGUCUCCCUUGGAGCUGUAGGCAUUGGUAUUGCUUUUGGAAUUGCUUCUGUUUUGUGGCUUGGAUUCAUCUUCAAUGACACGGUGAUUGAGAUUGCGCUGACAUUUGCCGUGAGCUACGUUGCUUAUUAUACUGCUCAAGAGGCUGCUGAUGUUUCUGGUGUGUUGGCAGUAAUGACAUUAGGAAUGUUUUAUGCCACAGUUGCGAGGACAUCUUUCAAGGGUCAAAGUCAACAGAGCUUGCAUCACUUCUGGGAAAUGGUUGCUUACAUUGCAAAUACAUUAAUUUUCAUCUUGAGUGGUGUUGUCAUAGCGGAAGGUGUUCUUGGUGAUGAAGGCGUUUUCCACAACCAUGGAAAUUCAUGGGGCUACCUGAUUCUUCUCUACAUAUUUGUGCAAGUAUCCCGUUUAGUUGUUGUUGCAGUAUUGUUUCCCUUUUUACGGUAUUUUGGCUAUGGUUUGGAUUGGAAAGAAGGAACCAUUCUAGUGUGGUCAGGUCUUCGAGGGGCUGUUGCAUUAUCACUUUCAUUAUCUGUCAAGCGCUCUAGUGACAGCUCCUUGCAUCUGCUUUCCAACACAGGAACCCUGUUUGUCUUCUUCACUGGAGGGAUAGUAUUUUUGACACUUCUUGUGAAUGGAUCAACAACACAGUUUCUUUUACAUAUUCUAAAUUUGGAUAAGCUAUCUGCUGCAAAGAGGCGAAUAUUGGACUAUACAAAGUACGAAAUGUUAAACAAAGCAUUAGAGGCUUUUGGGGAUCUUGGUGAGGAUGAGGAACUUGGACCUGCUGACUGGCAUACAGUUAAAAGAUAUAUUGCUAGCUUAAAUAAUUUGGAAGGAUGUGUGCACCCUCAUUCUCAAAAUGAAAGUGAUGAUAAUCUAGACCCUACAAAUGUGAAAGAUAUACGUAUACGCCUACUGAAUGGUGUCCAAGCUGCUUACUGGGGAAUGUUGGACGAGGGAAGGAUAACACAGACUACUGCAAAUAUUUUGAUGCAAUCAGUGGAUGAAGCGAUUGACUUGGCUUCUCAUGAGCCAUUGUGUGAUUGGAAAGGUUUGAAAGCUAAUGUUCAUUUCCCAAACCACUACAAGUUCCUUCAAGCGAGCAUUUGUCCACAGAAGCUGGUUACGUAUUUCACUGUAGAAAGGUUGGAAUCUGCUUGUUGUAUUUGUGCUGCAUUUCUCCGUGCCCAUAGAAUUGCACGAAGACAACUACAUGACUUUAUAGGUGACAGUGAUAUUGCGACUAUUGUCAUCAAUGAAAGUGAGGCAGAAGGUGAAGAAGCGAAAAUGUUCUUGGAAGAUGUUCGUGUAACCUUUCCUCAGGUUUUGCGUGUUGUAAAAACAAGACAAGUUACAUAUUCAGUGCUGAAUCAUUUAAUUGAUUAUGUACAAAAUCUUGAGAAGGUUGGGUUAUUAGAAGAAAAGGAGAUGCUUCAUCUUCAUGACGCUUUUCAGACUGAUUUGAAAAGGCUUCUGAGGAAUCCUCCUCUUGUGAAAGUUCCAAAAAUAAAGGAUUUGAUUAGCACCCAUCCCUUCUUGGGGACCCUUCCUUCAGCCAUCCGUGAACAGCUAAAAGAUUCUACCAAAGAAAUAGUGAAGUUGCGCGGUGUAACACUUUACAAGGAGGGCUCAAAGCCAAAUGGUAUCUGGCUGAUUUCUAAUGGCAUUGUCAAGUGGACAAGUAAGAGCAUAGGGAAUAAGCACUCGGUACACCCUACUUUUACGCAUGGGAGUACAUUGGGCCUCUAUGAAGUUCUAAUUGGAAAGCCUUACGUCUGCGACGUGAUAACAGAUUCUAUGGUUAUGUGCUUCUUUAUUGAAAGUGAAAAAAUACUUUCAGUUCUAAGGUCAGACCCCGCAAUUGAAGAUUUCCUUUGGCAGGAAAGCGCCAUUGUUCUUUCCAAACUCUUGCUUCCUCAGCUAUUUGAAAAAAGGGGGAUGCAAGACUUGAGAGCCCUUGUUGCAGAGAGGUCGAUGAUGACCACACAUGUAAGGGGAGAAAUUAUAGAAAUAACUUACCACUCUGUUGCUUUUUUAUUAGAAGGAUUCAUAAAAAGCCACGGCGUGCAAGAAGAAUUGAUUACAUCACCUGCCGCAUUGUUGCAUUCACACCGGAAUUUGAGCUUCAGUAACAUAGAAACAUCAGGUGCCGGAGCAGCCAGUUUUUCUCAUCAGGCAGCAUGGUAUCAGGUUGAGACAAGGGCAAGAGUAAUUAUUUUUGACAUUGCUGCAAUUGAAGCCUGCACUCCAUUGCUGAGAAAGUCAUCCUCAGUUGUACCACAUUCAGUUGAGCCCCAUCAAUCUCAAAGUAGAGAACAUGGUGGGCUGAUGAGUUGGCCUGAACAUUUCUUCAUUGCACGACCUCAUAAAAAAAAUGGUGAUGGGACUAGACAACCAGAAAACAAUUUAUCUGCAAGAGCAGCACAGCUCAGCAUCUUUGGCAGCAUGGUUGACACCCAUCCAUUCAGCCACAGUUUUUCGAUUGACAAAGUUAAGAGAUCUCAUAGCCUGUCCCAUCUGAGAUUUGCAUCGCAUCCUGGCCCCCCACUGGUUUCAGUCAGGUCAGAAGGGGCUACUACGGUGAAAAAGAACCCCAAAGCAAGAAUGUUGGGAGGGCAAGUUCCCCAACCCCCAUUGCGAAAUGUAGACACAAUUGAGGGUCAAGUCAAAGAUACUUCCAGUGAUGAGUCUGGUGCCGAGGAUGAACUCAUAGUGAGAAUUGACUCUCCAAGUACGCUUUCCUUUCAUAACACUUCUUAAAGGUUGUGGUAACAAUCAAAACGAUAACACUUGUAUUUUGUAUUUGACUACACGUUUUUAUGUAUUUUGUUGUACAUAUAUAUGGCAAUGGUAAUAGUGUGAAAGAGAUCCAUUGAAGGCUUGCAAUGCAAUUGAUGUAGCUUGGUUUGUAGCAUCGAAGGUUCAUGUCAUCUGCAUUUGUUGUUUAUAUGGAAAAUGCACAACGUUGACCUUGUUUGUUUCAAUGCAGAUUUUUUUUACUUCUGCAUAAUUUCCA